AUGGCGAGCGGCAACCAUAUGCAUAAUUUCACCACCCUCAUCAAGCGGCUCGAGGCGGCGACCUCACGCUUAGAGGACAUGGCCCUGUCCUUGGACGAUCCCAAUGAUCCAAAGAGCACCGGAACCCCUACUGCUGCCACGCCUGCAGUACCCGAGCCCCCGAAGCCCGCUCCUCCGCCACCAGCAGCGCCUGCAGCUGCACCACUUCCGCCCCAGCUCCAAGACUUCGAUACCUUGAUCAAAGGAGAUGUACAGAAAUUCGUGAACCUGGGUGAGAAAAUUGGUGGAUUGGUUGCAGAGCAGUCCAAAGCAGUUCUCCAGGCCUUCCAGGCUGAGCGUACCUACCUCGAUGUCUCGACAAAGGCAAAGAAGCCCGUGCCUCAGCCUGCUGAGCUUAUGACCGACCUCCACAGGGCUGUUGAUAGCAUCAACAACAUUCGCGAAUCGAACCGUGCCUCUCCGCUGUUCAACCACCUUAGCGCUGUUGCUGAGGGUAUUGUGGCCCUUGGCUGGUUGUUUGAGAGCAAACCUGCGGAGUUUGUGGAUGAAAUGAUUGGUGGUAUUGAGUACUAUGGCAAUAAGGUACUGAAGGAGUAUAAAGAGAAGGACCGGACACACAUCGACUACAUCCAAGCCUACUACCAGAACUUCAAGGGUCUUUCUGCUUAUCUUAAGAAGCACUACCCCAAGGGUUUGACAUGGAACGACGCGUCUGGAGUCGAGGUUUCAGAGGCCUUGAAGCAGAUCAAGAGCGGACCCGCCCCAACUGGUGCCGUUCCUCCUCCUCCUCCUCCCCCUCCCCCUCCCCCUGUCCCAACUCUCAACGUCCCCGGUGGAGGUGGCCCCCCACCGCCUCCCCCUCCCCCAUCUGCUCCUGCUCCAGACAUGGGUGCUGUGUUUGACCAGCUUAACCAGGGCGAAGAGAUCACCUCUGGUCUCCGCAAAGUCGACAAGUCGCAGAUGACGCACAAGAACCCUAGCCUACGCGCCGGCUCUACUGCGCCUGGAGGCUCUAGCGCCAACCGGGGCAAGUCUCCCGCACCCAGCAAGAAGCCCAAGCCCGAAAACAUGCGCACAAAAAAGCCACCGCGUAAGGACCUGGAGGGCAACAAGUGGCUGGUUGAGAAUUUUGAGGCGCCGGAAGAUAUUGUUGAGAUCACCGCGGCACAGAACCAGUCUAUUCUCAUCUCGCGCUGUAACAAGACUAUUGUCAAGGUUAACGGCAAGGCCAACGCUAUCGCCAUUGAUAACUGCAAUGGUCUAUCCAUCAUUGUUGACUCCCUCGUUAGCUGCUUGGAUAUCAUCAAGUCGCCUAAGUUUGCUCUGCAGAUUGACGGCACAGUUCCCACUGUCAUGCUCGACCAGGUUGACGGCGGUACUAUCUACCUAGGCCAGCAGAGUCUUGCUACCGAAGUCUUCACCAGCAAGUGCAGUGCUAUCAAUAUCACCCUCCCGCCCAAGGAGGGCACUGAUGAUGACACUAAGGAGUGCCCUGUUCCUGAACAGCUCAAGAGCUACAUCAAGGAUGGUGUCUUGGUGAAUGAGAUUGUCGAGCAUGCUGGUUAA